AUACUGCCAACACUAAUUCUGACACUAUACCAGCUCGGUGGCAAGCGCGUAGGCAUCAUCGGUUUGGGGAGCAUCGGUUCAUCCAUCGCCAAGCGUCUCAAAGCAUUUGGCUGCGUCAUCCAGUACCAUUCCAGGAGACCAAAGGAUGGUGUCCCCUUCAGAUACUUCCACGAUGUGAUCAGCCUCGCUACUGAAUCCGACGCGCUCAUCGUCGCGUGCGCGCUGAACGACCAGACGCGGCACAUCGUCAACAAGGAAGUCCUGGGGGCACUAGGAAAAGACGGCGUAGUGGUGAACAUCGCUCGCGGAGGGAACGUCGACAAGGUGGAGCUGAUCAGCGUGCUGAGGGAAGGGAGGAUAGCGGGUGCGGGCCUCGACGUCUUUGAGAAGGAGCCCGUUGUUCCGAUGGAGUUCUUCUCCAUGGACAACGUGGUGCUAACUGCGCAUGAGGCGGUCUUCACCACAGAGUCUGGCUCCGACCUUUGCGACCUCAUGAUUGGGAACCUCGAGGCGUUCUUUGAUGGUAGGCCGUUGCUCACGCCUGUGCCUCCCAUGUAGAUGUGGUGGAGAAUAGAACAAGAGAUCAUACCAAACUCAGUGUGCAUACAACAUUUGUCAUGUUAGAUAUAUGCUGCUCCUUGUCCGAGUUACCAGGGGUGACAAGGAAAUAUAUGCUACUCCUUGUCC